AUGAAUAUAUGCUUUAACAUAAAAUUACUAGAUUUGAAAUAUGAAUAUAUGAAGAAAAGGUUAAAAGUGAUACCAAAUUGCGAAAAUGAUGAAAAAAUAGCAAGCAAAUUAAAUAAAAAUUUAAACAUGAAGAGCUUAAUGUAUGUGCUAAAAGUUGUGAUAAUUAUAAAGCAAAGAAGAUUAAAAAGGUGCACUAGCUUAGAUAGGCAUAUAUCUUUUUUAAAAAGAAAUAGUAUAAAUAAAGAGUAUAUAAAUGGGAGAAAAAUACUAGAAAAUAGACUAUUGACAAUAGGCUGUGAGAUAAUUCAAGUACCUGGAGAUGGGAAUUGCUUAUUUCGGUCAAUUUCAUUUAAUUUAUUUGAAAAGCAAAAAUAUCAUAUGUAUGUUAGGAGAAGAUGUGCAGAACACAUGUUAAAUUUUAAAGAUGAAUAUUCUAUUUAUUUUGAAGAUAACAAUUUUUAUGAAUACAUAAAAAAUAUGUCAAAAAAUGGAUAUUGGGGAGAUGAAUUAUGUAUAAAAGCAGCAGCUGAUGCAUUUGAUUGCAUUGUUUAUAUAAUAACAUCAACUUCAGAAAAUUGGUAUUUAAAAUAUGAAUCUAAAUAUAAAAAUAACAAUUUAAAAAAAUACGUUUUCUUGGCAUAUUCAAGCCCCGUACACUAUGACUACUUUAAAUUAAUUAAAAAGUAG